ACUUCCGCCCUGCCUGUUCCGGCUUAAAGGGGCCCCAGACAAUCUUCACAAUAACAAAACCGGCGCGCCGGCCGCUGGCGCAACGGCUCUCGUCCCCGCCCUCCUGCCACCUGCAGUCGCCGGGGCCGCCCCCGGCCCAGCCCUGCCUUGCGCCACCCUGCGCUGUCCAGACUGAGGGGUCAGGCGGAGAGCCGGGCUGCGCCCUUCGGUCAGCUUCUCUCCCUGCCACCCGCGCCUCCUCGCGAGACCCGGAGCUGGGCCGUGCCCGCCGCUGCGCAGCAGGAAGGGAGCGGCUGCCACGGAGAACGCCCCGCCGGACGGUGUGGCUGGCGGCCCUGCCUGGGCGCGGAGGGCGGCGGUGGCGAGCCCCGCGGCCUUCUCUCAGGUACCCCAGUGCCUGCUGACCGCCCUGAGCGGCCCAGCCGCUUCCCCGAUCUGCACCGCGAGGCCGUGGCGUAGGGGCCUUGUGGCGUUUCAGCUUGGGGGUCGCGGUGGGGCGGGGCAGUGACCCCGGGCCGGCCGUUGUGCCCUCAUCCCUCCCGUCCUUCCUUCUUAUAGCUUCCUCUCUCCUCACGACUGCCUCCACAGUCCGGAGCCCGGCGGAGCCCGGACCUGGCGGGGAGAGCUGCCUCCACGGCCAGGCACCCAGACCCCACCGUCGCCGUCGCCACCACCUCAGUCCACCCUUGGUACCGGCAAUGGCCUUCGUAUCGCCCAGUGCACUUGUAACUGACUUGGACACGGAAUACUAAGAACUCACUUCUGUCCGCAUCCCAGUUGCGCCGGCGGUGACCACCUCGGCUCUUUUGGGCUUAAUUGCUGCUCCUCCUGACUCUGUCUGACUUUGGGGGCACCAUGGACCAAAGUGGGAUGGAGAUUCCUGUGACCCUCAUCAUUAAAGCACCGAAUCAGAAAUACAGUGACCAGACUAUUAGCUGCUUCUUGAACUGGACCGUGGGGAAACUAAAAACGCAUCUAUCUAACGUUUACCCUAGCAAACCAUUGACGAAGGAUCAGAGAUUGGUGUAUUCGGGCAGACUGCUUCCCGAUCAUCUGCAGCUGAAAGACAUUCUCAGAAAACAAGAUGAGUAUCAUAUGGUUCAUCUAGUAUGUACUUCUCGGACUCCUCCCAGUUCUCCAAAAUCCAGCACCAAUAGAGAAAGUCGUGAAGCACUGGCAUCCAGCAGCAAUUCUAGUUCAGAUCAUUCAGGAUCAACAACUCCAUCAUCUGGUCAAGAAACCUUGUCUUUAGCUGCGGGUUCUUCCUCAGAAGGAUUGAGGCGGCGUACCCUUCCACAAGCACAAACUGACCAAGCACAGAGUCAUCAGUUUCCAUAUGUAAUGCAAGGAAAUGUAGACAACCAAUUUCCUGGGCAAGCUGCUCCACCUGGAUUCCCAGUGUAUCCAGCAUUUAGCCCACUGCAGAUGCUGUGGUGGCAACAGAUGUAUGCUCAUCAAUAUUAUAUGCAGUAUCAAGCUGCAGUUUCAGCUCAGGCCACAUCAAAUGUCAACCCAACCCAGCCUACUACUUCACAGCCUCUAAAUUUGGCACAUGUUCCUGGAGAAGAACCCCCACCAGCUCCAAACCUAGUGGCCCAAGAAAAUCGACCCAUGAAUGAGAAUGUUCAAAUGAAUGCACAGGGAGGUCCAGUACUAAAUGAAGAAGACUUCAAUCGAGACUGGCUAGACUGGAUGUACACGUUCUCACGAGCUGCGAUUCUCCUUAGCAUUGUAUACUUCUAUUCUUCUUUUAGUCGGUUUAUCAUGGUAAUGGGAGCCAUGCUACUGGUUUAUUUACACCAAGCUGGAUGGUUUCCUUUUAGGCAAGAAGGAGGUCAUCAGCAGGCUCCCAACAAUAAUGCCGAAGUUAACAAUGAUGGGCAAAAUGCAAACAACUUGGAACUUGAAGAAAUGGAGCGUCUUAUGGAUGAUGGGCUUGAAGAUGAGAGUGGAGAAGAUGCAGGUGAAGAUGCCAGUGCAAUUCAAAGGCCUGGAUUAAUGGCUUCAGCUUGGUCUUUCAUCACCACCUUCUUUACUUCACUAAUACCAGAGGGGCCUCCCCAGGUUGCCAAUUGACCUGAAAAACUGUGCCAGCUACAAGGAGGGUCUGACUUUAGGAAAGUGGUUUAAAUAACAGUGCAAUUUCAAAAAAAUUUAUAACUUUCUUUUGAUCAUCAUGUACAGAGGUGUUUUUUUUCUUUAGGCUUCUCAUGCAUAUGAAUAUUUUAAGCACAAAUGGACUACUAAAUGUCUGAUUUUUUUUUUUUUUUUUUUUUUUAGGAUCCUUACAGAACAUAGCGUUAACAAUAUUGGUCUUCCAGGUGUUACUCAUUUCAAUUAUGUGUAGUAUACCAGGACAGACCUAUUUUCAUGUCUUAUUUCUUUAAAGAGCUGCUUCAUUGGCCGGGCGCCGUGGCUUAUGUCUGUAAUCCCAGCAUUUUGGGAGGCCGAGGCGGAUGGAUUACUUGAGGUCAGGAGUUCGAGACCAGCCUGGCAAACAUGGUGAAACCCCAUGUCUACUAAAAAUACAAAAAAAUUAGCUGGGUGUGGUGGCACGCGCCUGUAAUCCCAGCUACUCGGGAGGCUGAGGCAGGAGAAUUGCCUGAACCCAGGAGGUGGAGGUUGCAGUGAGCCGAGAUUGGGCCACUGCACUCCACCCUGGGCGACAGAGUGAGACUCGGUCUCAGAAAAAAAAAAAAAAGAGCUGCUUCACAUAUAAAUGUCUAUAGCUAGUAGCCCGGCCCUUUAAUGUUUAAUUUGAAUAAAUAUAUCUAUUUUCUGUGAAUUAUCUUGGAAGUUUUAAACAGAAUGACCUCAUAGUUUUUAAUAAAGAAUAGUAUUUACCUAAAAUGUGCUAGUAGCAUCUUGCCCAGCUAUAAAGCAAUAAACUUCUCAAUAAUCUUAAUUUUGACAUUUGAAUAAAUAAUAGAAACUUUCUAUUUUAAGGGCAUGUAUCCCAUCAAUUGGAAUCAGUACCUUAACAGAAAAAGGCAGCUCUUCAAUGGAAUUAACGUGAUAUAAAAUGUUUGAUAUAGGCAGUACUUUUAUAAAAAAAGAUAUGCUGGAAAUUGCUCCGUGUAAUUUUUUAAAUAAAAAGUCAAUUAUGGUAAA